UUCAUUUACUUUUCGAAAACACACGUGUAUUUCUUUAAGGUUUUCACGGUAGAAAUUAAAAUUUAAACAAAUUGAGUUUAAGUAAACUUGAAGAAAUAUGUCUGCUAUUAAGAAAAAACGUAUUUCAAAGAAAACCAAAUCAGCAUGGCGCAAAACGGAUAUUAAAGAUGUGGAAGAAUUUUUAGAGGACCAACGGCAAGAGGAACGUGUUGGAUCGUUUGCAGAAAAAAAGGACGAUGAGUUGUUUACGGUUGAUGCUACACCACUGAAACACAAACCGGCCAUUCUGACAGAAAAGCAAAAACGGAAGUUAAAUGCUAAAAACCCAUUGCGUUCCUUGGAAGCCUUAAACAACACAUCUAAAGUCCAAGAUCCGAUUGUGAAAAGGAAUCGAGUUCGCCAAAAGAAAAGUGGACGUAUUAUCGAAGAAGAGGUGCGGAACCCAACUAAACCUCGACAUUUCCAAGCAAACAAAGAUAGGGAACGAUACUACGAAACUCUUGAAAAAAAGCUAAAGAAAGAGGACCAAUUAACCAAAACAGCAAAAGACGUAUGGGCAGAAGAAGAUUUCCGAGAUAAAAUACCUGGUUUAAAGGAUGAAAAAGGAUGGAUAAGCAAAGAAUUGGCACUGCAUGUAACAAAGAAUGUUGGUAAACCAGUAAUAAAAGUUCACGAUAGUAUACGUCAUCGCACAACAAAAGCAAAAAAAUUCGCAGCCCCUCCUCCAGGCCUAAGUUAUAAUCCAUCAUUGGAUGACCACCAAACAUUGCUUAAAGAAGUUGUAGAACGAGAAGAGAAAAUCAUAAAAGAGGAAAACCACUUGAAACGAGUUACUACUCAAAUGUUUUCGAAAGUUACACCAGAGGAGCGUGAUACACGGCGUUUGCAAGAAAUGCGUUCAGGCUUAGAUGAUGAAAGUGAGGGAGAAACAAACGAUGUCGCAGAAGAUGGGGAAUAUAAAACUAUUAAUCCACCCGUUGAAAAUAAGAAGAAAAGUAAACAGUCAAGGCGGAAAGAACUGCAACAAAAAGAAUUACAGAAAAAACAAGCUGAAAAGAAAGCACUGAAAAAGCAAAUCGCUGACUUAAACAGGAUAAAGUCAAUUAAAACCGAAGUCAUUGCCGAAGAGGAGGCAUUAAAGAUUUUAAAAAAGCACCGUAAAAAAGUUGAAUUAAAGAAAAAAUUCGAAACUAAACGGUUAGGACGUCUUAAGUAUGUGGAUCCAGAUAUAGAUAUCAAUAUGCCAGAAGACAUUGCUGGCAAUCUGAGGAAUGUAAAACCAGAGUCCAGUUUGUUGGUGGAUAGAUUUAAAAACUUCCAAAAACGAAACAUUUUGCCUGUAAGUGUUGCAACUGGCAAGCAGAAGUCAAAGAAAGUAAAACGUUUUCCACGAAGUACGCACAAAGACCCUGGCGUAUCGUUUCAAAUGCUCCGAGAACAGCGCAAAGUUGGACAAACUUACUGACAUUGUUUAAAAAUAAUAUUACAUACAAAUAUAUAAUUGAAGUAAUAAAAAAUUAGUUCAGUAUAUUCUAUAUAA